CCAGCAGCUCCAGCUUCCCCGAAACCGAACAAACUGCGAGCAGGGCAUCUGCCGCCGAUUAUCUCCUCACGCGUGUCGAGGCCUCUUUUUGGCGAUCGUGAGAAAGUAUUCCAUCGACUCGAAUUUCUCUUUGCGUCACUUGAAGCUCUUGUUUUGUAAUUUCGUCCUGUUCACCAUGAUGCUUGGCCGGGCCUCGAUUUCAAUCAAGCCUUCAGCUUCAGCAAAAUCCUCCUUGUCACAUGCGUCAAAAGCAGUGCGGAGUAGCCAGAGCUUGAAGACACCUGCCCGACGCUUUUUCUGUUCUUCCCUCUCACAAGCCUCGCGGAGACCUUCACCUGCGAUCUACCGAGCUACUCCAAGUUCGUAUCGAGCAUUUAGCACAACGGACAAGAUGGCGACCUCUACAAGAACAGAGACUGAUGCUUUCGGACCUAUCGAGGUGUCUUCAGACAAAUACUGGGGUGCGCAGACACAGAGAUCUCUGGGGAACUUCAAGAUCAAUCAGCCCCAAGACCGGAUGCCAGAGGGCGUGGUACGAGCAUUUGGUAUCCUCAAGGGUGCGGCGGCUACAGUAAACAUGCGAUAUGGACUAGAUCCCAAGGUCGGAGAGGCCAUCCAGCAAGCUGCUGCUGAGGUUGCGUCGCUAAAGUUGGUCGAUCACUUCCCUCUCGUUGUUUGGCAAACCGGCUCCGGCACUCAGUCCAACAUGAACGCGAAUGAAGUCAUCUCCAACCGUGCCAUCGAGAUUCUAGGCGGUCAAAUGGGUAGCAAAAAGCCUGUACACCCUAAUGACCAUGUCAACAUGUCGGCCAGCUCCAACGACUCCUUCCCGACCGUCAUGCACAUUGCCGCGGUUCUCGACUUCGAAGAAAGACUUGUUCCAGCUCUGACCAACCUAAGAGACGCACUGAAAAAGAAGGCGGAUGCCUUCGAGAAGAUUAUCAAGAUCGGUAGAACACACUUGCAGGAUGCUACUCCAUUGACGCUGGGACAAGAGUUCGGUGGCUAUGUCGCACAGCUUGACCGGAACCUGGAAAGAAUCCAGUCUACCCUUCCGCACCUGCGGCAACUGGCCCAGGGCGGUACAGCGGUUGGCACAGGUCUUAACACGUUCAAGGGAUUCGCCGAGGGUAUUGCUGAGGAAGUCUCAAAGAUGACCGGCACAGAAUUCAUUACCGCGCCUAACAAAUUCGAAGUCCUGGCAGCUCAUGACAGCAUCGUCGAGGCUUCUGGAACACUCAACACCCUCGCUUGCAGUCUCUUCAAGAUCGCCAAUGAUAUCAGAUACCUUGGGUCCGGCCCACGAUGUGGUCUUGGAGAAUUGGUCCUUCCCGAAAAUGAACCUGGUAGCAGUAUCAUGCCCGGAAAGGUCAACCCUACUCAGUGUGAAGCUAUGACCAUGGUCGCCGCACAAGUCAUGGGUAACCACACCGCCGCUACCGUCGGAGGCAUGAGCGGGCAAUUCGAGUUGAAUGUUUUCAAGCCCCUAAUGAUCCGAAACCUCCUUCACAGCUCGAGAAUUUUGUCUGACGCCAUGAAUGGAUUCGUGGAGCACUUGGUGGAGGGUCUGCAGGCAGACGAGAAGAGAAUCGGCACUCUGCUUCACGAAAGUCUCAUGCUUGUUACCUGUCUGAACCCAGUCAUCGGCUAUGACAUGGCUUCCAAAGUGGCCAAGAACGCUCACAAGAAGGGUCUGACUCUGAAGGAGUCGGCAAUGGAAUUGAAGGCGCUGUCCUCGGAGGAGUUUGACAAACAUGUCCGGCCCGAACUCAUGCUGGCCCCCAAGGAGAAGAAGUAAAUGCCAUGUAGCUUUGACUGUAAAAUAUUGCAGUGAGCUUUGCAGAUCACUCAGGUGUGUCACCAUUGCUGUGUUGGAUUGAAGCCGAUGACCUUGCAUCGUACAGUUACGGCGUGGUCUGCCAUUCAAGCCUACAGCUCCAGUGAGAUCUUGUAGCAUAUUCAAGUUGAUGUCCGAAACAUAUGCCAUUCUGGACAGCUCCGCUCGUCAAAAUGUUUGUCGGCCCCCUGCAG